AUGACAGCCCCUCUCACGGAUUGUAUGUGUACUGGCAAAUUUGUGUGGACUGAGGAAGCUAACCGGGUCUUUAUGUUGAUCAAAGAGUUGUUGACCAUAGCUCCUAUCUUAGUACUUCCCGAUUUUACAAUCCCUUUUGAAUUACACUGUGAUGCGUCCAAGAUUGGCAUUGGAGCUGUACUUACCUUGAAGCAUUUGAACAGCCAAGAUAAAUUAUCUUCAAGGCAUGCUUGGUGGGCAGCAUACAUACAACAAUUCUCUUUUGUCCUUAAGCACAAAUCCGGUCAUUUGAAUAAGGUGGAGGAUGCUCUUAGCCGACGGAUUACUUUAGUGACAACAUUGCGUACAAGUGUCCUGGGUUUCGAGUUGCUUAAGGAUCUGCUUCCUACGGAUCCUUAUUUUGGUACUAUAUUGCGUGAGUUGAGCACCCGGUCUGGAUCAUAUUUUAUCUUGCAUGAAGGCUAUCUGUUCAAGGGGACUCGAUUGUGUGUGCCAGAGAUUAGUCUUCGACUCCAGAUCAUCCGGGUAUUGCGCAGCGAGGGUCACGUGGGUCAUGACAAGACCUUGAACUUGGUGGCCUUUGUCACGACCCAAAAGUGGGCCACGUGA